UCCUUAUUAUUUUCCACUCACUUUCUCACACUUCAAAAUGGCGGCGUUGAGCAGCGCCGAGUCCCCACCGCCCGUCUUUAACGGAGACACCUCGGAGCGGCAGCCGGGCAUGGAGCCGGCCCUGGGGGAGCUGGGCACUGCGCUGGACCCCUCUUGUCCGGUGGAGAUUCCUGGAGGUCCGCAGGAUGAGGAGAUCUGGAAUAUCAAACAGAUGAUAAAGUUGACCCAAGAACACUUGGAGGCUCUUCUAAACAAGUUUGGAGGCGAGCACAAUCCUCCCUCUAUAUAUUUAGAGGCCUAUGAGGAAUACACUAGUAAGCUGGACGCCCUGCAGCAGAGGGAGCAGCAGCUGCUAGAAGCCAUGGGCAAUGGCACAGACCUCUCCUGCUCUCCAACACCUGUGCCACAGCUCCUGGAAGUCAAAAUGGGAGGAUAUAUGGUGGCGGAGGGUGCUCAGGCGUAUCCCACGGCGCCCAACACAUUGGCAGUACUGCAAACCCCCACAGAUGCCAGUCGGGCCAACCCUCGAUCACCACAGAAGCCCAUCGUUCGGGUCUUCCUGCCUAAUAAACAAAGAACAGUGGUACCGGCCCGGUGUGGGAUGACCGUGCGAGACUCGCUAAAGAAAGCUCUAAUGAUGCGAGGACUCAUCCCAGAAUGCUGUGGGGUCUACAGGAUACAGGACGGGGAGAAGAAACCUAUUGGUUGGGAUACGGACAUCUCCUGGCUGACAGGGGAGGAGUUGCAUGUUGAAGUGUUGGAGAAUGUGCCUCUCACCACGCACAACUUUGUGAGGAAGACCUUCUUCACCCUGGCCUUCUGCGACUUCUGCAGAAAGCUGCUUUUCCAGGGGUUCCGCUGUCAGACGUGUGGCUACAAGUUCCACCAACGCUGCAGUACUGAGGUUCCUCUCAUGUGUGUGAACUACGACCAGCUAGACUUGCUGUUAGUAUCAAAGUUCUUCGAGCAUCAUCCUUUCACCCAGGAGGAUGUCUCUUCAGAGGGAACCACCCCCGUGUCCGAAGUGUGUCCAUCACUCCCCCCAUCCGAUUCCACUGGGUCUAUGUGCCAUACCACUCUGUCUCCGUCCAAGUCCAUACCUAUCCCGCCUAACUUCCGGGCCAGCGAGGAGGAUCACCGCAACCAGUUUGGUCAGCGGGACCGCUCAUCGUCGGCCCCCAACGUCCAUAUCAACACCAUUGAGCCUGUCAACAUUGACGACCUGAUUCGAGAUCAGGGCUUGGCAAGGUCGGAUGGAGCCCCCCCGACCCACCCUGCCCGCUGCUUGAGGAAGCAUCGAACACGGACCUCAAGCCCCCUUCUAUACUCCUAUCCCAAUGACAUAGUGUUUGAUUUUGAACCUGAGCCUGUGUUCCGAGGGUCCACCACUGGACUGUCAGCCACUCCCCCUGCUUCACUACCUGGCUCUCUGACCAGCGUCAAGAUUCCCCAGAAGUCGCCGUGCCCACAGAGAGAGCGUAAAUCGUCCUCGUCAUCUGAGGACCGCAAUAAGAUGAAAACACUGGGGAGGAGGGACUCUAGUGAUGACUGGGAAAUCCCAGAGGGUCAGAUCACUCUGGGUCAGAGGAUAGGCUCAGGCUCCUUUGGGACGGUCUUCAAGGGAAAGUGGCAUGGUGAUGUGGCGGUGAAAAUGUUGAAUGUCACCGCACCUACACCUCAGCAGCUACAGGCCUUCAAGAAUGAAGUGGGAGUCCUCAGGAAAACGCGUCAUGUGAACAUUCUGCUGUUCAUGGGCUACACCACUAAGCCUCAGCUGGCCAUCGUCACCCAGUGGUGUGAAGGCUCCAGCCUGUACCACCACCUGCACAUCAUCGAGACCAAGUUUGAAAUGAUCAAGCUCAUCGACAUCGCCAGGCAGACCGCUCAGGGCAUGGAUUACCUGCACGCUAAGUCCAUCAUCCACCGUGAUCUGAAGAGCAACAAUAUUUUCCUCCAUGAGGAUCUGACAGUGAAGAUUGGUGACUUUGGCCUGGCCACAGUAAAGUCCCGAUGGAGUGGCUCCCACCAAUUUGAACAGCUGUCUGGCUCCAUACUGUGGAUGGCUCCAGAGGUCAUCCGACUGCAGGACAAAAACCCCUACAGCUUCCAGUCUGACGUUUACGCUUUUGGCAUUGUGCUGUACGAGCUCAUGUCAGGAGCGCUGCCCUACUCCAAUAUCAACAACAGAGACCAGAUCAUAUUUAUGGUGGGCCGAUGUUAUCUGUCCCCUGACCUCAGCAAAGUGCGUAGCAACUGCCCAAAGGCAAUGAAGAGACUUAUGGCUGACUGCUUGAAGAAGAAGAGGGAGGAACGACCACUCUUUCCUCAGAUCCUUGCGUCCAUUGAGCUGCUGGCUCGCUCGUUACCCAAAAUCCACCGCAGCGCCUCAGAGCCUUCGCUAAACCGAGCAGGCUUUCAGACGGAGGACUUCAGUUUAUAUGCCUGCGCCUCGCCCAAAACCCCCAUCCAGGCAGGAGGCUACGGAGAGUUUUCAGCAUUUAAGUAAGUGCUGUGCGUCACCACUCCAUCCGCCGUCUCUGCUCUUCGCGGUGGAUUUAAUUCAUCACUGGAAAAAAACUAUAUAGUCUUAAAAGAAUGUGCCGUUUUCUUCCUCUAUCGACCUAAUGACGGGAUUCCUUACACCUCAACGCUGUCUAGUCGGCAAAUUAGCCAAAGUGACAGGCAACCAGAAUUAGGAAAAAAAACACGUAGAAACACACACAAAAAGAUACUUGAAGACGAAGCACGAAGAUAUCCAUCCCGUUUGGAGAAAAAGGCGGGGCAUACUUCCCCUGGUCGACCAGCCUGCCCAAGGAGACGGAUGUGAUGCGGUGAGGAGCUUUGGAAUGUAGAGGCUCCGCCCUUCAUUUCCUGUGCGGGCGAGGAAGAGAAGGCACGCCAUCCUUCGGGCCGUGGGACGUAAGGAGGCCUGUAGAGGGAGCCCUCUGUCAGGCCAGGCUCGACGUCGUUCCUGCGUCGAGUCAAGAAGUGGGAUUACCUCCCAGCCUUGACUUGAAAGAUAGAUUUUUUUUAUAAAUAUAUAUAUAUGGAUACAAAUUUGUCAUGCUUCAACAUAAAUUAGGAAUUUCAGGUUUUUGUUUUCCAUCAGCAGCUGUUUUUUUGCCACCAUUUUUUAUGCUGAUGCCUUUUUGAAGGGCAAUCAUUAGUGAGCUGAUUUGCCAACAAAAGCUGAUUUUUUUUUUCCUGCGACGGAAGCUACACAAAUGAUCCACAUUCCAUUUUAAACUGGAAGCAGUUAUUGAGCAUGAGAGGUGUGGAAAAAUCUUGUCCCUUUUGAUUUUUCCUUUUUUUUUUUGCCUCUGGAUUUUUUUAAAGACUUGAGGAGCAAGCAGGCAUUGUUUUUGUGGAGAAGAACAACCCGUGUGAGUUUUUCUCCCCUCGGCCUGUGUACAGUACACUUACACAGCAUCAUUGCAACAAAUCCGUAGCCUAACCUGCACAGUAGCGAUACUGCCAACUGUGGUAUCGAUCCAAUACUAAGUAAAUACACGGCCAGAAUUGCAGUUACUGAUUCUUUUUUAUUUGACAUUUCCUCAAAAAAAUGAACUAUCAACAAUAUGUCAACAACGAGACACUAUUGUGAAAAUGAACAGAGAGAGAACUGGAAAAUAUUAUCACCAUGGUAUGGAUCAGAUACUGAUCUUUUUGGAUCGGUCAGCCCACACCUAGUGCAUGUGUCACCUAUGAUGACUUAUUUGACUAAUACAUGUUACUACGUUGGAUACCCGUGGUAAACAAUGGCAAGGCGUCAAAUCAUACGGUUCACGCAUUUUGGCGAGGGCUAGCACGCAGUUUUGAAUGCUUCUUUUCUCUGGCUGCCCCGUGACGUCCCAGCGAGUGGGAAACACUUAUUUAGACAUUAAGUAAAGCGCUACUCUCCCUUUUUCGUGUAGUUUGAAUUCCAUUGGCAAGUGUGCAGGUUUACCUCAUGUUGUGACCGGGUGAAUCGACGUAAUGUUUAUGAAGAUUUUUUUACACCGUGUCAGGAAAAAAAAUAUCGAUGACGACUCUAAGAUAUGUAUUUAAAGAAAGUAUGUUUUGGGGGAGGGGGGGCAUGGAUUCAUUUGCAAUCGGAAAAUGAAACGCCUCUACAAACAAACCGCUUGCAGACAGACUCAAAAAAAGGGUUAUAAAGUGACCGUGGCGCAAAAUGUCCAACAAAGCAUAUCCAACACAUUAUUUGGGCCACAAGGAAAUGUAGAUUAAAAUCAUCAUUGGUUCUCUUUGAGUCAAGGCGUUGAUAUUGCUGGGCCUUGUCCCUUGUCCAGCUCCAAGAUGCGGUGUUACUCCCUUUUGUUGUCUUUUUUUUGCCUUUUUCUGUACAGACCUGUGAUACUUACAUUUUCUUUUUUUUUUACAUUCACACAUCUUUUACUUUACCAUGAAGCUUUCUUGCUAAAUCUCGAGGACACACACUCUUGUAGAACAAUUUAGACAAUACAGUGGAUUUUCCUGAAUUAGUUGUGUUGUUGAAAAGCGUUCAUGAAGGCUCCUUUCACAUUAUGUUGCUGAUUCAUAGUCUAAAAAAAAAUAGCAUAGUGUUGCUGUCCCAAAAUCUGGACCUACCGUACAUGUUUUAAAUUAGAUGCAGUGACGUUGCUUAACUACAUUAUUCCAUUGUGCUACUUUGGGGACAUUUCAUUAUGCUGGUUGAACAUAACCUUUUAAAACCACACGCUGCGGUUUGGCUGCUGGGUUCUGUCUGUGUUGCUAUGGUAAUUGGUCAGGAUAAACAAACGCAUGUCUACGUAGCUGAAAGCUGUACAUAACGAUUCCAACUACACUCCCUGAAAUGGAGCCUAAAAACAGCCUAUGGCAUUGAUCAUUUCAUAAACAAUACUCUAAUGCGACAAAUUCUCUCCCGCUAAACUCACUGAAAAAGCAGCUUUAUUUUCUCUGUCCCAGUAACCCAUACAGUACAUGUACAUGUUCAUGUUUGCACAUAGCAUCAAAGUGCCCCAUUGACGCUGACACCAUGACCAUUAGGGAUGGGAGUCUUGCAACAACUCCUGAUUUGAUUUGUUUCCGAUUCUUGGGGUGACGAUUCCUUUCAGAAUAGAUUGAAAAUAAUGAAUCAAUUUAGAAUCGUAAUACAUAAGAAUCCUGAUUAGGGUUAGAAUCAAUUACGGGGUAUAAGAGAUGGCCUAAAAACAUUUUACAAAAAUGUAUUUUUAUUUUUAAAAAUAAGAAGUUUUUUUUCCACAAUAAAGUUUUGAAAGUUAUAAAACAUCAAAUUUAAAAUCAGAAUAAUAACAAUCGUGAUUCGGAUGUGAAUCGAUUUUUUUGAAACAUCCCUAAUGAUCCUCUAUGUAGGCAGAACAUUUAGGCUUUCCUGCAAAAUGGCCCAGGGUUGAAGAAGCUAAAUAGACGUGCGGGAGACUUUUUAAAUUGCUCACAAACACUUUGAGAUGUUCAGGUUGCACUACUUGAUGUAUACUGUAUACAUCUCUACAUUACCUUUAUGUUGUCUAAAUAUGAUCCAGUCACUAAACAUCUGGACAAUAUUCAUUUAUGAAGGACAGGUGGAGUUACUUGACAUGGUCCUGACAUUUCAGAGCCGAUGAAGAUAUUUGUUUUGUUUAAUUUUUUUACUAUAAACCGUUUAAACCUUCAAAUGAAUUUUAGGCUAUUUUCAGAAGGACUUUAUUGUAUACAUAAAC